GGGGCCGGGAGGGGGGCGGGCAGGCAGGCAGGCAGGCAGGUGUUGUGGAAGUUUACACUUGCCAGGAAGCCCGCAGCUUCUUUCGGAGCCGGUGGUGGGUGUACAGCGUGGCUGGCUGGACGUCGGACCACCGGUACCGGCUGAUCCCGCGGUUGUACCAGUGGUAGUGCCUCUCCUCCUCCUCUUCUUCAUCCUCACCAUCCUGUGUCGGACCGCCGGCAUCCCACCCGCCAGUCAAGAUGGGCCGGAGGCUGGACCUGUCCGGUUUGACGGACGACGAGGCCGAACACGUCCUGAAAGUCGUCCAACGGGACAUGAAGCUGAGAAAGAAGGAGGAGGAGCGGCUGAGCGAGAUGAAGCAGGAGCUGGCGGAGGAAGGCAGCAGAUGCUCCAUCCUCUCCAAGCAGCAUCGUUUCAACGAGCACUGCUGCAUCCGCUGCUGCGCGCCCUUCACCUUCCUGCUCAACCCCAAGCGCCGCUGCCUGGACUGCCAGUACAACGUGUGCAAGACCUGCUGCGCCUACAACAAGAAGGACAAAGCGUGGCUGUGCUCCGCGUGCCAGAAGGGCAGGAUUUUAAGGACCCAGUCCCUGGAAUGGUACUACAACAACGUGAAGAGGCGCUUCAAGAGGUUCGGCAGCGCCAAGGUUUUGAAGACUCUGUACAGGAAGCACAUUAUCGAGAGAGGAGCGCUAUCUGAUCUCCCAGAAAGCAGCGUUCACGAGGGAAGUUUCUGCAACGACAACGAUGGCAGCGUCUGCGGCAGCGACUCCGUCUUCUACAAACAGAGUGAAGGACACAGUAUGGCCGAGACCCUCACAGUGGCCCUGCGUGUUGCCGAGGAGGCCAUAGAGGAAGCCAUCGCCAAGGCGGAGGAGUUCAGCGACAGUUUGGAGAAGCAGAAUGAGGCUCGCUAUCUGCGGGACCACAAAGAGGAGCUCAUAGAGGAACUUGCCACGACCAUCGUCCAAAAGAUCAUCCAAAGGAGGAAGCGCUCGGAGAUGCAGACAGAGUAUGACUUUGUCUGGCCUCAUCCUCAGUCCUUGAUCCAGUCCGCUGAUCAGGCAUCAGCUCCACUACCCCACACGUCUUCACAAGGACCCCCGGACCCCCUCAAGGCUUCCGCCGCCCUCUCGCGCUCACGCUCAGCCUUCUCCCUCACCAGUGACGACUCUCCGGAGAAGGCUCCUCAGGACGAGGCGGUCGGCACGGGCGGCAGCUUGCAGGAGUACUCGUCUCUGAAGAGGGAGGCCAAGACGGCGUCCCUCCCCACCUGGAAGAGUGUCGACCGUCUGGACAAUUCUAGCGCAUCCUCGGUCCUCCAGAGUCCGGACGGCAACUGGAUCGCUCUCCACAGCUCCCAGCUGUCCCGUCCCAGCCUGCUCACCAAGAGGAAGAGCCUGGUCUUCAGCGUCUUGGAAAAAGAGUCCGGCGUGGUCUCGGCCUACGACGAGAUGGGCUCCGACUCCGAGGACGACGACCAAAGGGGCUGGGGGGCGGCCCUUCAACAGUUCCGACGCAAGCUCUCCGACGAGACGUACUACACGGACUCCCAGCACGACCCCGAGUGGACGUACACGCAGCACCCGCCCGUGACCUCGCCGUCCUCGGGCCAGUACACCAACACGGAGACGCUGAAUUCCGACUCGGAGGCGUCGUCGGCGCUGUCCACGUGUCCCAGGAAGCCGCCUCAGAACCCGCCGAGGAAGAAAGCGCCGUCGGACAUGCACUUGCACCCCUACCACCAACCGCUCUACCACCACCAUCAGCUCCACCACAACCUCUCGCCGUACCCGCUCCUCACGGGGGCGCUGGACAUCAACUUUAACCCCAAGGUGAUGGGGGACAGCAGCGAGGCGGACGAAAAGCAGAACGACCCAGUGAGAAGGUCACGGCGGCGCCGGAAAAGCAAGAGGGAGUCGUCCAACGAGAGCAGGUCCGGGACGCAGAACUACUCCCAGUCCAUCCAGGAGAGCAGCGGCUUCCUUCUCAACGACCUCCUGAAGAGAGGCUUAAGUGAGGACCAGCCAGGUCCAGACCCGGUGCCAUUAAACGCCGCGGCAUCGGACACCGUCACACCCGAACCCCAAGAUUUAGACAAAGCCGACCGGAGGAGCCCUCUUUCAGUCACUCCAGGGCCCAAACACACCAGCUCUGGACCCACGUCCGGGUUUGCUGACCCCCUGGGAGACGAACUGCGCUCCAGAAUCAACAAGCUGGUCAGGAGUCGAACCAACAGCAGAGAGAGCAGCUCAUCCGAGGAGGAGAAGCGGACGAAAAACCCCAAAGACGCAGAAAAAGAGAAGUGUGGCAUCAGGUUAAGAGCAAGCGAACCGGUUUUGCAAGUCAACGGACAAGAACUGAGCGGGCUGGGGAUAAAAAGUCCGCCUCCGAAGGAGAAGAGGUCGGAGAAGAACACGGAAGAGGAGGUGGUGGCGGACGAGCGGGAGCAGAAGAGAGGAGAGAGGAGGAACCGCCAAAACAAGAGGCAGCACAGACGAGACGUGGACAAGGAAUUGACGGAAUGGAGGGGCAGCUCCAGCGCCGCCAGCUCGCCUGCUGUUACGCCAUCUUCCCAGGAGGGGGUGCUGUCUGACAACCAGGAGCAACACAUUGACACGGAGCAACAGCAGAGGCUUCAGUUGCUCUCCUCUCUCUUACAGCAGAAGUACUCGGCCGCGUCCCUCUGCAGCAUCACCACGGAGGUGCUAAAGGUUCUCAACGCCACCGAGGAGCUGAUCGGCGAGGCGGGAGGGGACGGCUGCACGCCCUCGGAGUCUCACAGCGCCCCCCGCAGCUCCGAGAGCAGAAGGCUGGACCAGAGGCUCACAAAGAUGGAGGAGAAUGUGUAUCUGGCCGCAGGUGCUGUUUAUGGCCUAGAGGGGGCGCUGGGGGACUUGGAGCAGUGUGCGCGCAGUAUCGGCAGCGGGACUUCAGACACCGAGCUGGCGUUCCUGGAGGAUCAGGUGGCCACCGCUGCAGCUCAGGUCCAACAGUCUGAACUGCAGAUAUCCAACAUUGAGGCCAGGAUAUCGGCUCUUAAAACCGCUGGCUUGAAUGUGAGCGUCUGCAAUCACUUCUCCAAGUUCAAGCCAAAAACAAAGCCACAAACUCUGGACUCAUCACGCCAUCAGAGGAGGAAGCUACCAGCCCCUCCACUGAAAGAUAAAAUGGAGCCAGAACAGCCGGUGGAAGUUUUUCGGCCAUAGAGGACCCCCCUCCCUCCCCCCCAGGAGCAGCAGCACAAAGUCCCUCAGGGCCACCGCACCACCAGAGCCCCACGGACAGCUCUCUCAUCCAGUGCCUUGACCCAGCGUCCGCCUCCACCGAGCAGGAGCCUCCACCUGCCCUGUUGCUGCCCCAGCAAGCACUCCGCCCUCCGCCCUCCGCCUCCGCCCUCCACCGCUGACAUCACCCCCACAGCAGAGAUGAGUGGACAGUCUGCCUUAAAACUUCUCCACAGGAAUCCGUGUACAACUUUACGUUUCUACUGUCGUUCGUGAAGGCGUCCGCGCUACGUCACCUCGCUUGUGUCCUGUUUCGCUAAUUCAUCAAUGAUUGUCCGUUUGCACGUGCAACAUUCCUGUCAUUCCUCAAGCCAAGGUUCGUUACCAUGGAGACCCCUUUCCGCCAUGGCAGAAGAUUAAUAUCCCAAAGGUAAGUGAUAAAUUAUGACAUAGAUAGUCUUAAUUGUGUGGUACAGAGACACAAUUAUGACAUAAAAGUUGAAUUAUGAGAUAAAAAGUCAUAAUUAUGAGGAAAAAAAGGCAUAAUUAUCAAAGAAGUUAAAAUUAAGCGAAGUCACAAUUUGGAGGGGAAAGUCAUAAUUAUAAUAGAAACUUUUAAUUAUGAAAUAGUCAUAAUUGCGUCAUAAAAGGGCAAAAAAUAUGAGGGAAAUGCCAUAAUUAUAAUAGAAAAUUCAAAUUUUGAAGUAAUAAUUGAGAUAAAACAGCAACAUUAUUGGUAAAAUGUCAUAAUUAUAAUAAAACAUUAAUUAUGAUAUAAAAAACUCAUAAUUCUGAGCUAGGAAAGUCAUAAUUGAAGAAAAAUUUGCAAGUAUGAAGAAAGUCAUAAUUAUGAUUUAAAAAAUUCCAAUUAUGAGCUAGUCAUAAUUGUGAUAAAAGGGCAAAAAUUAUGAGGAAAUAAAUAUAAUAGAAAAUUCUAAUGAUGAGAUGAAGGCAAAAUUAUGACUAAAAUGUCAUAAUUACAAUAAAAAAUAUAUUAAGUCAGAUUUCUGAGGUAGGAAAGCCAGAAUUAUGACAUAAGAAGGCAAAAUUUGAUGAUAAAAAGUUCAAAUUACGAGACUAGAAGUCAUAAUUCUGAGAUAAAAAGUUGAAAGUAUCAGGAAAAAGUCAUAAUUAUGAUAGAAAAUUCAACUUAUGAGAUAAAAAGUCCUAACUAUGACAUAUUAAAGUCAUAAUUACGUGAGAGUCAAAACUCUAAAAGUCAUAAUUUGGAUCUAAAAUUCCAAAUUAUGAGAUAAAAAGUCAUAAUUAUGACAUAAAAGGACUUUCUUAUCGAGUAAUCGGCUUUUUAUUUCAUAAUUCCGACUUAGCAUUGCGAUAUUUUUGUUUCCAGUGGCGGAAAAUGGCUUCCAAACAUUCCAGACUCCUUUCCCCUCAUCCUUGUCUUGCAGCAACUGAGUUUCUUACAAUCGAUUUAUUUUUCUACUUCCGGAGCAUUUUUUUUUUUUUUUUUUUUUUAAA